ACGGCGUCACUUCCGGCGGUGCGCGUCAUGGCCGCCGCAUUAUAGGUUUAGCCGAAGAUUUAUGAGGUGUUUGGCCGUGGACAGAAAGUAGUCUUAGCGGCUUACUGCUAAGCCGAACGAGAUGGACAAGCGAGGCCGAGGCCAGAAACCGGCCACGACCCAGGCCCUUCAGCCGCAGCCGCAGUCAGUGGGGUUUAAGAAAGAGAGGAGGCCUAGCAUGUUCGAGAAGGAGUCAUAUGCACAGAUCUUAAGAGAAAGACUAAGAGAGUCAAUUCAUGAUGUUCAGUAUGUAGAACCUCCGUUUGAUGACUCAAUUGCUGACAUAGGUAAAGAAUGGAAGAGUGCCCUGUCAAAAUUAAAGUUUGCUAAUUCAUAUAGAAUGGAACCUCUGAAGAAAUUUCAAGCUCAUUCAGUAGAAACUAAAGUCCAGCAGAUAUUAAAGGAAAGUCUAAAAGAUGUCAAAUAUGAGGAUAAAGGCUUAUCUCACUUGGCAUUUCAGUUGGCAGACCAAAUGCUUUCAGUUGUCAAAGAAUUUGGGUAUCACCGUUAUAAAUUGAUUGUAAAAGUAUUAUUUAUUCAAAAGACUGGUCAAGCAAUAAAUGUUGCCAGCAGAUGGAUCUGGGACGUUGCAUGGGACAACUGGGUAGAAGCGAAACAUGAAACUGAAUCUUACGUGGCAUUGGUCUUGGUAUUUGCUGUUUACUGUGAAUAGCUUGAUGCAUAUACUAUGCACUGUUUACUUCCUAGCUUUCUAAAAAUAAAUGUCUACAUUUAUGAACCUCAUAAUUCUGAUUAGCUACAGUCUUAUCUCAAAUUGAGGCCUUUUAAUUGUAUGAACAACAAAUAAGCAAAAGCUACAUUUU